CUGCAUCGACAGCUGCGUGAGCCUUUGGCGAGCGUUCCUACCCGACUGCCCCGCCCGUGUCCUAGUGUGCCUUGCUCUGACCCUGUUUCGGAUGAGGUGGAUCCUGAGUGGGAGUGAUUCCUCUCCUUCAGGCUCCCGGACGACCUCUGGUACCAGCAGCGCAGCUCUUCUGACACUGUUCCGUCUGCAGAGUCGGACUCAUGGCGCUUCACGCUGUCUUGCUCGGAGCGGUCUUAAUUUGCGGAUUCCACGAAAACCCGGCGGCCAGCGGCACGUGCGAUGUCUACGCCACGGUUGGAGAAGAUGUGGUUUUAGCACUGAAUUUUACGCAGCUGGGCAAAACUGACCAACUGUCAUGGACUCGGGAUAGCGUCCCGGCGUACGUCAGAGACCACAGAGGAGUGCGUAUCGGGAAGCCACAAGACGUCUCUUUAAGUGGCUCUCUUUUGCUGAAGAACCUUAAACUCUCCAGUUCUGGCUUGUAUGAAGGAAAGAAGUCCUCCGCCAACGGUACCGUUCUGACAUCGUGGAGCGGUCGCCUAUGUGUGAUGGACAAGGUGUCCAAACCUCUCCUUCGGUACGUCUGUGACCAUAAGUUUGGUUUUCUGAAUCUAAGCUGCCAUGUGGCCAAGGCGCAGGAUUUACAGUUCUCAUGGAUCCUGAAUGGUUUUAGGAUAGCUGAUGCAAGUAGUCAAACUCUGAACCUGUCACUGCUAAAAAAUGCAGAUUGGGAUUUGACGUGUUUGGCGGAAAACAAGGUCAGCGCCGGGGGAAGUGACGCCGUCAGUCUGUCAGCCUGUCGAAAUCCACCAAUGCUUUGUUUCACAUCCAAGAUGGUCUUCGCCGUGCUGGCGGGGGGAGCGGCUCUUCUUCUCCUCCUGCUCGUGGUCUUCAUCGUAGUGUGUCACCAUCUCAGACGAAGACGCCGCCACAACACCAUCGGCAACAAACGGGAGCUCAGGAUGCUUUCCAUAAAACAGAACGAGUCCGUCAGUUCCGAGUAUGAGAUCAUGAACGUCCCUUCGGGCCCGGUUCCGGAGCCUCUGCCCAGAACUCGUCACCCGAGCGUGUCCGAAGCCGAAGGUCGGCUUGAAAGCAGCCUGUUGCCGCCGGACGACAUGGCUGACAGACAACCCUCGCCGGUGCCCAAGCCAAGGACCAAGGGCCCCCAGACUCAGAACUAAAUCUACGACCUGCUAUGACAGAACACUGGAACUUGCUUUUUCUCCUGGUUUUUAGUCCGAUGGUCUCCGUGUAGUUAGACCAUCCUGUGCCUGACUGUGUGUCAAAGCAUGGCGCUGUUAUUAAACCCCAAAGUUUCACCCCCCAUUUGUCCGAUGAACUCCAAAUUUCACACACAGCUCAAUGUCGCUGAAUCACCACAAAAUGUGGAGGACAUCUUUAGGGGACUGAUGCCCUCAUGUCAAAUGAUGAGCAAAAAAUAAACAUCAAGCAAAGCG